AUUCUGCUGACCUCUGAUAUCAGUGGCCUUUACGCAUUAAAGGUGACUCAUCUUGAGUGUUGCUGCUGGUAAAGCCCCGCGGUUAAAUGUGUCUUUCAGCGGAGGCGGGAUGAAGGGCGGGCCUAAGUUUCAAUGAUGACUCUGUGAUGUCACAAGUUUUACGGCCUAUAAAGAGCUUCAAUUAGAGCUAGAAAAUUAGACAACACUGGUAACAUCAUAGUACCAGACAUCACUAAGAAUAAUUGAUCCUUACUGUCGGUUAUUCAUCUGGCUUAUUACUGUCUCACACUAGUAAUAAACUCUAAUACUUUUUAUUGACAGCUGAGAGCAACUGAACACAUCCAGCUGUCUCUGGCAGCCCGUUUGUCAGAUUUUAUCAGCAGAUCAUUUAUUUAAGAUUUUUGUAUCUCUGCAGACUGUCAUCAUGGUUCGCUUGGUAUUGAUGUUUGCUGCGAUCAUCAUCGAAUAUGUUUAUGGAUUUCCACUAAUACCUCUGUCUGUGAAAGAUGGCUGCGCCCUGGUGUCCGAAGAGGUGAAUUUAAACAGAAUGGAGGGCGAGGCCGUAAUCCUCUCCUUCGGGGCAUUUGAGAGCGUGCUCAAGGCGCACAACAUCGCCUCUCCAACAGCAAAGUACCUCAUCACCAAGGAAAACGGGACGGAGGAUGCAGCGUAUCAGGGAGGGGGGCGUGUCCAGCAGCACAACAAGCAGCUGUGGUUCCUCCCAGCUCAGGCUGCAGACUCAGGGGAAUAUAUCUGCACCUACAGAAAUGAAACGUACUGUGUAACUGGAAGUAUCAAGCUACAAGUGUACGAGUCAAAUUCUGUUGACAUGCAGAAACUGUCCCAUCCAGCCACAGCCAUAGUGGGGGAGUAUCUGAGGCUCUCAUGUCCAUCUCUGGACGACUUCAACGUCACAGGCAGAAUGAUCCAGUGGCACAAGGACUCCAGCCUCAAUGUCCCUCAGCGAGGCAGAGCAGCCCCCUUCAGUCAGGAGAGAGGUAGACUAAUCAUUCCUGCAGUGAGGCGAUCGCAUGCAGGUGUCUACACGUGCCAGGUCAGAGUGCUCAUCAAUGACAAGCAGUACAAAGUCAACAGGAUCUUGAUGCUUACUGUGGAAGGUCUAGACCCUGUAACCACCACCACCACCACCACCACCACCACCACCUCUGUGCCUGGCCUCUCUAUGACCUAUAACCCAGGACUAAUCAGCAGCAGGAGAUACAGCACCAUUCACACUCCAGUAAUUCAACCGCCUGUGAUUGUCUCGCCAGUGAACGGAGCCAUUUUUGAAAGUGUUCAUGGUUCAGGACUCGACCUGUCUUGUACAGUGCUCACUGAAUGUCAAAUGGCAGAUUCCACUGUGGUCACAUGGCUGGUCAACGACCAAUCAGUGGAGUCCUCAUACCUUGAUGGAAGGGCUGUGCAAGGGGGAAGGAGGGUGACCAGAGUGUCUGAAGGCUGCCACAUCGAGUUAAGGCUCGUUGUUAUAGCGAUGACAGAAGAAGACGUGGAGACGGAGCUGAAAUGUGUCACUGAGAACCAAGGAGGGAGACAGGAAGUGGUCACACAGCUUCAUCUGGAGGACUCCACAUUUACAUGGCUGGUGGUAGCUGUGGUGGCCGUGUCCUGCUUCCUGACUGUGGUUUCUGUCUUCCUCUAUAUCCUCCUCAAACCUAAAAGGAAAAACAAAAUGGAUUACUUUCUGGCUCGGCAGAACAGCACCUUCUAACACACUCCCUCCACAAACAAAGACCUUCUUUAACAUCUUUGCUGUUCAAUCAAAUUAGUCUUUUGUGCACUGUCUGCACGUGAUUAUUUGCAGUGACACCACCACGUCAGAUUUUGCGCUCAACACUCCUUUAACAGAGACUCAGUGUUACUAAUCAGUAGUUGCAUUGUUACUUGAUGAUAUUGUAUGUGUUAAAGGUUUAUUUAUAUGGUGGUUUGAUGUGGCACAAAUAUUUAGCUUAAAUAAAAAGUCAAACUCAGUACAGACUUCUAAAUAAUAAGUCAUUUUAUUUGUUGUUUUUUUGUCAUUCAAAUAUUCUUCAUAUACACAGUGGCCACUUUAGUCAGACACGGUCAAAAAGGCUUUUUAGAUAUUGCCCUCCCCAUUUACAAAUUAUAUGAUAAUCAUAAAGUUACAUGAAUACCUCUCUGACAUUGCAGAUUAAAACUGAACAUUGUCAUCUUUAUAAAAUGUAGAAUUUAUGGCUAAGUAGUUGCAUUUUUUUUCCAUUAGAUUUUGCAGGUGUACCCAAUAAAGUGACCACUGAGUGUAGAUAAUAUGUGCUGUACUGUGUGCGUGAUUGUAUUUUUCAAAAUAAAUCUUCUCAGGGAAGCUUCUUGUAAAGUUGGCAAGUGUUAAGUCCAUUUGCAAAUGUUUGCACAUUUUCAUGGCAAAUGUGAUUUUCCUAAAGGAAAAAAAAUUGUAUGUUGAUGUGUUUUAUGGCAUUUAUGAUGCUAUCAUCCUUGAAAAUAAGUGUUGCAUUACCUCUACCUUGAAUAAAUAUUUUAUGGCGUUGAUGGUCUAACUUUUCUGUCACCUAUUAUGAAAUCUAACAAUGCUUUACUUUU